AUGGCUUUACUCGUGGGACCAUAUCAAAGAGGUUUUAUUCAAGAUAGAAGAAGCAACCAGAAUCCUACGGAAUCUCCUAUCAUGGUAGAACUCAUGACCAAAUCACGUGGGUUGCGAAAUUCUUCGCAAUACCAAGCUGUAUUGAUGGCUGAUUUCACGGAGGCUUCUGAUCGAAAUUCUCACCAAUACAUGGAGGCAGUGUUGAAAAAGAUGGGUAUUGGUACUGCUAUGAAUUAUGCUAAAGCUGCAGCGAUUGUUUCAAACUACGAGAAAGUCAGCAAUAGUUUUCUAAGUGCGUGUAAACCCGAACUUUUAGGCUUUGCUCCGCAUUUCCCACACCCUUCUCAAGACACUCUUCCUUUUCCGCAGGCAUACAUUCAUGUUGAUAAUACGGUAUAUCUAGGAAAGCCUCUCAAAGCGGUUGAUUGGAUGAAUUCCAUCAAAAAUCUCCCAUUCCAGGCCUUUCAAUUGGGAUACUCUCUGUUGGCCCUUAUUAAACGAGCACAAGGAACCGUACAGUUUAUCUUCUCAAAACCAGUUUAUCCAGACAUUGUCAAGUGUAUGACUUCAAAGGAGUUACAGGCCUGGUAUCAAAUGCGCGUUUGCAGGCAUCAGAAAAGAAAAACUAUAUAUACCCGGCCUAAUUAUGGCGGAUAUGGACUCAUAAAGAUAAAAAUACAAUUGCAGGGUCAUAGAAUACAAGGUACGGCAUUUUGAUUAUUGAGCCGGCACAAAAAAAAAUGUACUUCCACCACUUCGCCCGGGAAGUCUCCCUGUGAUCUGCCCCGAUGUGAAGGUGAUAAAAUGCUGCGAAAAUUUGGGAAAGAAUUAUACAAACAGAAUGGUUGGUGCAAAAAGAUCUCACCGCCAUCCAUCUAUUCAAUUCAUAAUAGUUAUAUAGUUUUGCUUCUCUGAUCAGAUAAAUCUAC